AAUAAAUAUUUGGCAUGAAACCAUGAUGCCAUCAACCAUUUUACUAGAACGUUGAUCAUAAAUUCUAUGAAACUUGCCACUGAAGACCAAAGACUCACGGGCGACCGAUUUUUAUGAUUUCUCUAAGGACCAUUGCAGGUCGGUAAAAUUUCGUGAAAAGGUACUUAGAAGUGAAGUGUACACUCAUUGUUUUAUAACCUAGGAAAGGAAAUUAUAAAACUUUUGAUAAGCAUGAAUGACUUCCAACAAAUAACUCCCGUCCUAGAAUUGGAUACUUAGAUAUGCAUAUACAUACCAGUGCAAUUGCAAAACUUAAGAUCCAUCUCUAAACAUAAAUCCCUUAAAUCAAAUAUGAACCAUCUCUAGCUUGUGACUAUGUGUUAUUCUUUAAAAAAAGAAAUAGACAGGUGACAGUAUGAUGGCUAAAACUUAAGAGAGACCAAACUGAGGCGAAUAUCCUCUUAGAAAAGGUUGAAGAAAAGUGGGGCACGACAAAAGCACACCAAUUCCUUGUUUCAAUUGAGACAGUGUUUAACCCUUCCUUCACACACACUAUAAGAUAGUUUCUCCCUUUCUUACACGUUGACAGCAAUAACAAAAAUAUUUUUCCACGGAGGAAGAAGAGAAAAAAGCAACUUUACUUAGUCUUUGGUCAAAAUAUUGUAAAACCCUUCAAACCCCAAAAGGAAGAAUCCUUUUGAAUGGAAGCCCAAAGUCUUCCUGUAGACCCAACCCCCCCAUUUUGGUUGAAAUUCCCGGUCGACCAUGACCAAGUCCCUCCUUUUCCCAAUAAUACCCACCACCUCUUUAUUUUAUUCAUUCAUUUUUGUACCCUUUUCAUCCAACAUGCCAUACCAUACCAUACAUACCAUACAUACAUACCAUACCCCAUACCAUACACAUAUAUAUUUGUUGGCGAUCUUGAGGUUGUCAGAAUUAUUGGGCUAUGGAGGUAAAUCCGGGCAUGGAGGAGGCCCUUUCUUUGAUUCUUCGAGGGUGUUCCUUGGCCAGAGAUUUUGAAUCCAAUCCUUUAAAUUUCCGCAAUAAUAUUAACUUCCUCGCUCGUUUUUGUGAUGAGAUUUUGGGUGUUUUCUCCGCCGCCAAGGAGCGCCUCAGUGGCCCUCAAAACCAGUGGCUCAGGACCAGUACCUCCCAACCUAUGGACUUGCCGCGGAUUCAGAUGAGGCCGCCGCCGUUCGAGGAUUCCGGGAAUCUACCGGCAAUGGGUUUUGGUUCUUCUUCUUAUUCUUCCACGUCAACCAAGGCUCGAAGACGAAAAGAUGGAAUGGCGAAGAGGACGGUGAGAGUGGCGGCGCCGCGCAUCGGAAACACAGAGCUGCCACCGGACGACGGUUUCACAUGGCGUAAGUAUGGACAGAAGGAGAUUCUUGGCUCCAGGUUUCCCAGAGGCUACUUCAGAUGCACCCACCAGAAGCUCUACCACUGCCCAGCCAAGAAGCACGUGCAGCGCCUCGAUCACGAUCCCCACACGUUCGAAGUCGCCUACCUUGGUGACCACACGUGCCACAUGUCCGCCACCGCCCCCUCCGCUCCACCACCGCCAUCGACGCUGCCGGAAGUUGCCGGGCUACACAUGACCCAGUACCCUCCCCCCUCCUCCGGAUGGCUUUCGAUGGAGUACGGGGGUCCGGCCACCAUCCGGUCCAGCAAAGACGUCGGCGAUCAGUUCCCGGUGUUGGACAUGGUGGACGCCAUGUUCAACUCCGGCACCGGCAGCAGUAAUAGUGUAGACUCCAUCUUCGGCGCUAAUGUGGGGGAAGAACAUCAGCAUCACAAGUGGGAGAAAGACAACAAGAAAAAUUAGUACAAUUAUUUUUCAAAUUACAAUUUUUGGUCUCUCAUAUUUUGUUUUAAAAUAUUCUUAAUAA